AUGGUGGGAAAAGAUUUGGAAAGUUUUGGGUCAUCUAAUUUAAAGGAAUUCCAUUCUUUGGCAAAACUUGAGAAACACAUUGAUGAUCUUCAUGUCCUCAUAUCUACACCAUUUCACCCUACCUAUGUCACUUCGGAAAGAAUAAAAAAAGCUAAAAAUUUAGAGCUUCUUUUGACUGCUGGCGUUGGUUCUGAUCACAUUGAUCUUAAGGCUGCUGCUGCUGCUGGUUUAACUGUGGCAGAGGUCACAGGAAGCAAUGUAGUGUCUGUUGCUGAAGAUGAACUCAUGAGAAUCCUCAUUCUAGUGAGGAAUUUCUUGCCCGGGUACCAUCAGGCUAGUACUGGAGAAUGGAAUGUUGCUGAGGUUGCACAUAGAGCUUAUGAUCUUGUUGAAGGAAAGACUGUUGGAACUGUUGGUGCUGGACGUACUGGGAGGCUUUUACUCCAAAGGUUGAAACCCUUUAACUAUAACCUUCUAUAUCAUGAUAGAGUUAAGAUGGAAGCUGAAUUGGAGGAGCAAAUUGGAGCUAAGUUUGAGGAGGACCUUGAUGCAAUGCUUCCAAAGUGUGAUGUAAUUGUUAUCAAUACCCCUCUCACUGACCAGACAAGGGGAUUGUUUGACAAAAAUAGAAUUGCCAAGUGCAAGAAGGGUGUCUUGAUUGUUAACAAUGCUCGUGGGGCAAUUAUGGAUACCCAAGCUGUUGCUGAUGCUUGCUCUAGUGGGCACAUAGCAG